AUGGAAUUAAACCCUUAGAAACUCAAAGAAGAAGCCUUGUAAGAGCAAAGCGUUCUAAAGGAAAUAAGCGAAGAAGGUAUUUUGACAAUUACAUUAAAUAAGCCAAAGAAGUUCAACAGCUUAACAAUCGGAAUGUAUUAUGUCAUCAUUGAUUAUUUGAAUGAAGCAAACUCAGAUUCUAAAGUUAAGACAAUUAUUUUAAGAGGAAAUGGAAAAAACUUCUCAAGCGGAAAUGAUUUAUCCAACUUUGUUAGCUUUGCUGGAGAUAGAGAAUUUUAAAUUAAAGGAUCUCAAUUUUUUGGAAAUGAUUUGAUGAAAGUCUUUUGUGCUGCAUUUAUUAACUGCAAGAAACCAAUUAUUGCUGUUGUUUAAGGUUCUGUAAUUGGCGUUGCUUUUACUCUUUUGAUGUUAUGCGAUGAAAUUUAUUCAACUGAAGAUGCCUACUUUUAAGCACCUUUGGUCAAACUAGCAUAAGGACCUGAAAUGUGUUCAUCUUACACUUUCCCUCAAGUUUUUGGAUAUUAAAGAGCAUUUGAAAUAAUAGUAGGAGCAAAGACUCUUAAAUCUAGAGAUAUGCUAGAUUACAAAGUAGUUAAUUAAUUAUUUAAAACCUAUGAAGAAACUCUUCAAUAUGCUCAAUAAAGAGCUAAGGAAUUCUGUCAGCUUGACUAAGAAAGCGUUAUUUAAGCUAAAUCUCUUAUGAGAUGGGAUAGGGACAUUCUUCAUAAAGUUAAUCUUGAAGAAUGCAAAAACCUCAUUAACAGAUGGUCAAGUGAAAAUUUAAUUGAAGUCAUUAUGAAUUUCUUUUAAAGAAAAUAAAACUCUAAGCUUUGA